CUCAAGAGGAGUUAUCAGAAAUAAAAUCUCUUAAGCGUAAAUUAGAAGUGAAAAACGCAGAACUAUCUACUGAAAAUAUUUACCUAGAUCUGGAGAAAAAAGAUUUAGAAAAUACACUAGUAGAAAAAAAGAAUGAAUUGGCGCAGAUGAAAGAUAAUUUAAUCCCAAAAACAUCCAGCGAGUCUAAAGUGGCUGGAGGGGUCUUAGAAAGACCAGGUGUUAAUAAACAGAAGAAAGGUAAUGAUAAUGCUAGCUCUGAAACCACCUGA